UAUUGCGCAUGUGCAGCCGUGUUCUCACGCUUAGCUUACUGUAGUGAUUUUGGUGUUGUAUAGUCAUCAUGAAGGCUCUUAGAGGAAUGGUGAGCGGAGCCGUGAGCGAAAUCUCCUCCGCUGUUACUGGGAGCAAACACGUCGCCGUUCGGGAAAAUGUCCUUGCUGUGACUCGUGACUACAUUUCUCAGCCGAGAUUAACGUAUAAAACUGUUUCUGGUGUUAAUGGACCCCUGGUGAUUUUGGAUCAAGUGAAGUUCCCCAGGUAUGCUGAGAUUGUUCAUCUGACUCUGCCUGAUGGCACCAAGAGGAGCGGACAAGUGCUGGAGGUCACAGGCUCCAAAGCUGUGGUUCAGGUGUUUGAGGGAACGUCUGGUAUUGAUGCCAAAAAAACCACAUGUGAAUUCACAGGGGACAUUUUGCGUACGCCUGUGUCUGAGGAUAUGCUGGGUCGGGUCUUCAAUGGGUCAGGAAAGCCGAUUGAUCGAGGGCCUGCGGUGCUAGCGGAGGACUACUUAGACAUUAUGGGUCAGCCAAUUAAUCCUCAGUGUCGUAUUUAUCCUGAGGAAAUGAUCCAGACAGGCAUCUCUGCCAUUGAUGGCAUGAACAGUAUUGCAAGAGGCCAAAAAAUUCCCAUUUUUUCUGCGGCUGGUCUGCCCCACAAUGAGAUUGCUGCACAGAUCUGUCGUCAGGCGGGAUUGGUGAAGAAGUCCAAAGAUGUGAUGGAUUACAGUGAGGAGAACUUUGCCAUUGUGUUUGCUGCCAUGGGGGUCAACAUGGAGACUGCGAGAUUUUUUAAGUCUGAUUUUGAAGAGAAUGGGUCCAUGGACAACGUGUGCCUCUUUUUAAAUUUGGCCAAUGAUCCCACCAUUGAACGCAUCAUCACCCCUCGCCUUGCACUU